CGAAGAGUUGGCGAUGAUGUUACGCAGUGGCGCGUGUGAGAUCACCGUGUGCUGCACGGUGUUCGCAGAUUUAUGACGAGGCUCUAUCGUCAAAGCGAUACACCUAUGACAGAGUGAGAGAGCCGCCCAUCGUCGCGGCUCGACGUCGUCGUCGGCGAACAAUGUGCCAAGUGCCACGACAGCUAGUGAUUGUAGUGUAUAUACUAGCAAUGUUUGUGCCUGAAAACUAAAGUGUUGCAUGUGCGCUCUCAAGCGAAUUCGUCCUCGAAAAAAGCAAGUCCUAUAGUAUAUAGCAGCCAGUGAUUCUCCGUUUGUGUUUUCCGUCGCUCGCACUCAGUCAUUCUUGCUUGCGGUCGCGACAAGCGCUAUCGGCGACGACACCUUUAUUUUUGUACGCUACAUAGCGGUUAUCGUCGCUGCAAAGUCUGCUGAUAUUAAGCUUCGAAAAGCCGAAAUUGUUUGGUUGUUGAAUUGCCUUGUUUUUUAUUAUUCGCAUUUGAGGCUCUAUACGCGAUCCGGUGACCAUGAAGAAACAAUUUUUCAGGGUCAAGCAGCUCGCUGAUCAAACCUUUUCCAGAGCUGGAAAAACUGAAGUACUGACUGAUGAUUUGCAAGCAGCGGAUAAACAUGUUGAACAAAUCAGAGCUGCCCUUAUGGGUCUUAAUAAAAGACUUGGAAAACCCAGCGAAUCUAGUAUGCAAGAUUCAGCUCAUAAAGAAAAACGCCUUAAAAAGUCCCCAGAAUAUGUUUUGGGUCAAACAAUGCUUGAAAAUGCAGGAGAGGAAGGACUUAUGUGUUAUACAUUAACAGAGUGCGGAAAAGCACAAAUAGCUUUGGCUAAUGAGGCUGUAGAUCAUGAAGCAAAAGUUGAACAAUAUGUAUCGGUUCCUCUACAGAAUAUUUUAGAAACAGAUGUUCCAAAUAUUUUAAAAUACAAAAGAAAUUUGCAACGUCUGAUUUUGGAUAUGGACAGCACAAGAACACGCUACCAACAAGCAAGUAAACACAAUACUGGAGGUACAGCAGCAACGAAAGUUGAUAGUUUGAGAGAUGAAUUAGAAGAAGCUGAAACCAAAGUAGAACAAUGCCGAGAUCUCUUGGCGGCUGAGAUGUUUCAGUUGAUGUCGAAAGAAACAGAGCUCGCUCAAACAAUUAUACAGUAUGUUAAACUUCAAAGAGCGUAUCACGAAAGUGCCUUGCACUGUCUAGAAGAUCUCAUUCCAGAACUUGAAUGUUACAUAAAUGAUAAUGAAACAAAGCCAGUAUACGGAUAUUCUUUAGAAGAGCAUCUCAGAGUGACAAACAGGAAAAUAGCAUUACCCAUCCAACUCUGCGUCUGUGCUCUUCUGAGGCUAGGAAUGGAAGAGGAAGGGCUUUUUAGAAUAGCCAGUGGUGCUUCAAAAUUAAGAAGAAUGAAGCUUAGCUUUGAUGCUUGUUGUAUAUCUCUCCCAGUUGCCCUUGAAUACAAGGAUCCUCAUGUGAUAGCUGGAGCUCUGAAGUCUUACCUUCGAGAGUUAUCAGAACCUCUACUGACCUUUAAAUUGUAUCCCGAGUGGAUGGCAGCCGCAAAACUCGUCAAAAGUGAUGACAGACUUCGUGCACUCUGGGAAGUAUUGCAUAAAUUGCCAACGGCAAAUUAUGAAAAUCUAAGGUUCCUAAUUAAAUUUUUUGCUGUCUUGACGAAAAACCAAGACGUCAAUAAAAUGACACCACACAACAUUGCGAUAGUAGUCGCUCCAAAUCUCAUCUGGAAUUCACAGGAGGACAUAACGACCGUAGUAAUGGAUACAGCAAAUAACUCUAGUCUAAUCGUCGAACAAAUGAUCACAUACGCCGACUGGUUUUUUCCUGGCGAGAUAGAUUUUGAUCGCGAGCUGGACCUUGGUGGCAUCGUCAACGGCUCCGAGCCAACGCCAACUGUGGGUAUGCGUCGAUGUGUCUCCAACAGCAGUUUAAGUGACCAUGGUGAAAGCCCAACUCAAGGAAGUCCUAAGCCGGCGACGCGUCGGAAAAACAAACCAGCUCCUACCCCUCCAAGUGGCAACACACCUGACAAACACAUCACGCAAGUUCAUCACGAAAAUAGAAGACCAGAUGAUAAACCUCCACCUGCGCCUGAUAAGCCACCACGGCCUUUGACUACCUCGACACUUAACAGGGCAACGUACAAGUCGCAGAAGCACGAUCAAGUUACAGCGGAACUGAUACAGCUACGGAAUCAGGACAACGCUGCCAAUAGCAAGGCAAUGCAGCACUCGAAUAAGCUUGCGACUCAUGCUGGCAGUAAAGCUGUGGAGAAUGACGCGAAGCCCAUGGGCUUCGAAUUAGUCGAUAAGGCUGAACUUAUUAAGGAUCAAAAUUCUACGGAUGCUCUGCAGCUACCUGAAAAUUCUCCGACUCACAAAAAUGAAAAUCAGCCAAGAGAUAGCGAAGAAGAGGGGAUGAAUGCUAAUCUGAUAGGAUUCGAGGCGUUGAAUUUAAAGCCGAAUUUAGGUACAGGAGACAUGACCAAGUCGGUUAACGAAUCAAUGAUAAUGAUGGACAAUACAGACAAGCUAGACUCGCCAAAACUAAAACCGGUUCCUGCGGAAAAACCAUCCCAGUCGACUUUAGAAAGGCGGAAGUUUCCUGUCGCUGCACCUCGUAAUUUAAUUCUCACAUCGAAUCAACAAGAUGACGUCGUAGAAAUGCGACGAAAACCAGAAGGAACCUGCGUUACCUCUAUAGAUAGAAAUAGUAAACCUGCUAUUCCAGAACGUCCAGCUGGACUUGCUCGGCCUUCAAGUUUGAUAAGGCCACACCCUCGACACAGUAACGAAAAUUUGGAUGCCGAUUCAGGGCCCUUGACCCUGGAGCGAAUCCAUAUGUAUUCGGUAGACAAACAGCAGGUUAGUAUAAUACAACUAACCGGUGCUGUUUCGGAGAGCAAUGGCACAAUCAACUUGCAGAGAAGCCCGAGCGUCGGCAGUCGUCCAGUGUCGAUGUCACUGUCACAUGGCAGUAUGACGAUGCAGCCUCCAGAGAAACCUCCACGACCGGAGCAUUUACCAGAUCCGAUUAAGUCACAUUCGAGAACGAGGUCCGAGGGCAACAUCAUCGAUGUACAGACGCAAACGAACACCGUUAUUGUACCUAAGUCUCAACAGCAGCAAGUGCCACCUGCCUCGCCAAGGUUCCAUCAGCGACCACCAAGGCCUCAGCCGCCACCACCACCACCACCUACUGGUGCUAAGCCCAAAUCAGAUCACGAGAGUACUAAUCUUUAGCAGUAAGAGUUUUGAAAGAAGCAUUAAUGUUCAGUGAUUAAGGGUAGAAUUUGUUGUAUCUGAAAACAUUCCUUUUGUUAAUUCAAUGAUAAUUUUAAACGAUAGAUUCGAACGCAUCAUUGCGAAUGCUUUAGAUUCGUAGUUUUUAUUUCGGAAUAAAUGUACUUUAACUGAAAAAUAUUAUAAAAUACCAUUUUAAAAACUCGAUCAUAUCAUAAUCAUAAUUAUCUUAAUCAUAUCGACAUAUUCUACCCGUAAUUAAAACAUUUCUAUUUAUAAAAGUCAAAAAUAAAUGUGUCUUGAUAUAUUGAAAAGAGCUUAAGAAUCAACAAUGUCAGUAAAGCUAUCUCUGGUAUAGGAAUUUAAAAAAGAAAAAAGUGGCUUUAAAGUGGCCUAUGAAAGAAAAUUAUUUUAAUUCAGCGCAAUAUUGCGUGUUAUGAAAAAAGUCGAAAAAAUCUAUAACCGAAGCUUUAGUAGUGAACGAGGUAAUAAGAAAAGUUCAACGUUAAUUAUGUAAGAACAGUGAUGAUUCGCCUAAUUCCAUUAAAUUUGAAAAAGAACAUUUUAAUAAAUAUCAAGUAUUUUUGCAGCGUAGUUUUUAUACUGUUUAUCCAACUAAUCACGUCGUAGCGCGAUUGCGAAUUUUCACGAUGAUUUUUGAAAAUUCAGUGAGAAAAACCAAGUGAAAUGUUGAAAAGAAAACUGUCGAUUCCGCCCUUCGAUUUUUUAUUCUGACGUUACAUCUCCAAAUGCACAAACCUAAACUAUGCUCACAUUUAAUAUUAGUUUAAUUGUUGAAUCAGAGUUAUAUUUGCAGACAGGAAUUGCUAAGAAGGUCUGACAUUUGUCCAUUAUUCCGACAUGACAUGUCUUUUAAAGAAUCAACGAGUAUCGUUUAAUCUUUUUUCGAUUUUUUAUUAUUAUUUUUAUUAUAAAUAUAUUCUUGCUAAUACUAUUUUUUCAUUUCACGGUUAACGUGAAUAUGAGAUUUCAGUCAGUUUAAUUCUUAUGGCAUACCAUGUAUAUACGUAAGUUUUUAUGCAAUCAGAAGAUACGAUAUAUGCGAUUUUCGCGUGAUCAAACUCCAAUUGUAUAAGGCCUUUUAUUUCAGCAUUUGGAAUUUUUAAAUAUAUACUAUUAUGUGUUGUCCAUUAUAAAUAUUAAAAUAUGUUGAGUUGUAAAGAAAAAAUGUUUGAUAAAAAUGAAUUUUGUUUGUCUUUCAGAAAAAGCACACAAUACGUUUUUUCUGAGAAAUUACUUAUAUUCCACGACUUUUUAAAUAUAAAAAUUAUCACAAUAUUAAUAUUGUUAAAAAAUUUUUAUUUACAAAACUCGACAAAAUAUAAUUGAUAUUAGAAAAAAGCCAAGUUGUUAUUGGUGUGAUUAGUGUAUGUAUUAUUAUAAUUGGUACGUUUGACAUACAUUUACCUAAGAAAAUCUUAGGCUGUGAAUACAUUGGAGUAUUAAAGUAUGUAUUUGUAAAUAUAAAAAAAACC